CAGUAGGUGGCGAUAAUGCACACCAGAAGGUUGCUUGCCAACCGCCAUAAAAACAAAAGAAGAAGGACUGGUGACGUCAUCAUCCCCGUGACCAACACGGAAGAGACGGCUGACGUCAUCACAAACAUGGACGACCAGGCCGGCGAGCUCACUGGCUACAACGGCGCCGCCAGGGUGAAAGAGCGGCUGGACAAACGCCACCAGGCGCGGAUCGAGGACGUGGAGCGGAGGAAGGAGGCCAAGGAGAGCCACGCCGCCGCCAAGGAGAGCGUCGACUACUUCCUCGCCACCUUCUACGGCGAGCGGGCGGCCAUCGAGGAGCUGCUCCUCCGCAGCCGGGACUCGGACGGGGCGGCGGCGGCUGAGAAGCUGGAGGAGGCCGCUGAUAAAACGGUGCACUUGCAGAAGUUCCUCACCGACAGCAUGGUGUUUCUCACCACCUACGACCAGAGGCAAGCCCAGGCCGCCCUCCAGAAGCUGCAGACGUCUCUCGCCGAGACGAGGGAGCAGGCGCUGCCCAAGAAGAAGUUCGGAUUCCGGGCCCGCGCGAAGGCAUCGGACCCAACCCCGGAUCAAGAUGGUGCGUCUGAGAAAUGUCCCAGCACACAAGUGGAUGGACCCCCUGCUCCAGUGCAGUGUGGCUUCUCCCAUAUAAGUGACCAAGUCCUCACCAAGACUGCAAGUGAAGUCCAGAAAGAGGACGUGCUCCUGUCCCACUUGUCCAACUGCAAGGUGCGUCUCUAUGGCAACCCCAGCACCCUCCACCUCAAGCACAUUGACCGCUGCGAGAUCCUGUGUGGACCCGUGUCCACCUCCGUGUUUGUGGACCACUGCCAACACAGCACCCUGGUCCUGGCCUGCCAGCAGCUGAGGACCCACAACGCCGUGGACACCCGGGUCUACCUGCACGUCACCAGCCGGGCCAUCGUGGAGGACUGCCGGGGGGUGAGCUUCGCCCCGUUCUCCUGGUCCUACCCCGCGCUGGAGGAGCACUUCCGCGCCUCCGGCCUGGACCCGGACCCGGACCGUAACAACUGGGACCAGGUGGAUGACUUCAACUGGCUGGCGGCGGGGACACAUUCCCCCAACUGGGCUGUCAUCCCCGAGGCCGAGCGGAGGACUACAUGGGAAGCCUAGAACCGACUAAAACUUGCCGACAUAUGUUUAUUCAAAACAAAUGACUAAUAAAAUAACUUACAAAACUUGACAUGGAUAAUAGCUGGCCAAAACAAUCCUGAAACAAAUUUUGCCUUUUUUUAUUUAUUUAUUAUGUAACAUUAAAUAAAACAUGUGAAAAUGA